UAUUAAUAACAAAACAGAAAAUAUAGGAUAAAGGUGGAUAAAUCUUAACAAUACAGGGGUCUUGUUGAUAAAAUUCAAGGGAUAGAUAUUCCUCUGUUUCCCUGAGCUUGGGCAACAAGUCCAACUUCUCUCCUUAAGAAUUAAGAAAGAGAGACCAGAAACGAAGACCUCAUUAAUCAAAGCUCAAAAUCGCCUUCAAUGGAUGCUAAGAUCGGACAAUUCUUUGACUCCGUUGGUUCCUUCUUCAGCGGCAGCGAUAAGAUCCCAUGGUGUGACGGAGAUGUCAUCGCUGGGUGUGAAAGAGAGGUUCGAGAGGCCACAGAUGCUGGCUCUGAAGAUCUUAAGAAAGAGUGCUUGAUGCGAUUGUCUUGGGCUCUUGUUCAUUCCCGUCAAACCGAAGAUGUUCAACGAGGAAUAGCCAUGCUUGAAGCAUCUCUGGAAAGCAGUGCCCCUCCUUUAGAGGACCGAGAGAAGCUCUAUCUUCUUGCUGUUGGAUAUUACAGAAGUGGGGACUACUCAAAGAGCAGGCAGCUCGUGGACCGCUGUAUCGAGAUGCAAGCUGAUUGGAGACAAGCUUUGGUCCUAAAGAAGACCAUCGAAGACAAAAUCACAAAGGAUGGUGUUAUAGGGAUAGGGAUCACUGCUACAGCCUUUGGAGCUGUGGGUCUCAUAGCCGGUGGUAUCGUAGCAGCUAUGUCUCGCAAAAAAUGAAAACCACAACCAUGACUUCUUCUCUGUGUAUACAAUGGCAGCUUACUUUUUUUUUCCAAGUUUUUUAUCCUCUUUGACUGUGUUUUCCACUGCUUGCUUCACAAUUUGAAUAAUUUUUCAGAGUUUUAUAAUAUGUGUAAGCCUGAGUUGGAUAUUUCACCUUUCCUUAAAUUUGGUUUUACCAUUUCUACC